AUGACUGCCGACUCGUAUCCGCUGCCCCGAAUACGGAACCACUUGAUGGCCGCAGCAGGCCGUCAGCACUUCGUGGCUCUCGAUAUGAGCUCGGGAUUCUGGAAUGUGCCGAUAGCGGAGGAGAGCAAGCACCUCACCGCGUUCGUCACACCGUUUGGGCUGCUCGAGUUCAAUGUUAUCCCCUUCGGGACUAAGAACUCGCCGGCGGAGUUUCAGCGCGCGAUGGACAUGGUGUUUGAGAUGUUGGACGAUCGCACUCUGUGUUACAUUAAUGAUAUCAUCAUCGCGACGGACGUGAUGUAG